UCUACGCUUAGUUCGGUUUGUGUCUCCUCUUUCAAAGGGUGCAAGAAUGUGAACUACUCGUCCAACAAAGCAUGUUACACUGCAGACAUGACUUGUCCGUCGGAAAGCGAGAAAAUCGUGAUAAACUGCGGGGGGAUGCGGCAUGAAACCUAUCGAAGCACACUAAAAACGUUGCCCGGUACCCGCUUAUCUUGGCUUACCGAGUCAGACGCCUUUAGCAACUUCGAUUACGACCACAGAAACGACGAGUUCUUCUUCGAUCGCCACCCAUCCGUCUUUUCAUUCAUCCUCAACUAUUACCGCACAGGUAAAUUGCACUGUCCGAAAGAUGUGUGCGGCCCGCUGUUCGAAGAGGAGCUGGCAUUCUGGGGCAUCGAUGAGACGGACGUGGAGGCGUGUUGCUGGAUGAAUUACCGCCAGCACAGGGACGCAGAGGAGGCGUUGGACAGCUUUGAGAAUCCCGAACCGGAGUUGGCAGAGGAUGACCCAGCGCUACCAGGACAUGCAUGGGACAUGAAAAGACUGUGCUUGCAUGAGGACGGAAGGAAAAAGACUUGGUGGGAAAUCUGGCAACCCAGAAUGUGGGCUCUUUUUGAAGACCCCUAUUCCUCAAAAUAUGCCCGGUACUGCGCAUUCGUCUCCCUUCUGUUCAUCCUCAUCUCCAUCUCUACAUUCUGCAUGGAGACGCAUGAGGCCUUCAACACCAUCUACAACAAGACGGAGAACGUGACGGAGGGAAACGUGACUCGCGAGGUGAUCGUCUACGAGGUGGUGACCGACAGCUGGCUUACGUACGUGGAGGGCAUGUGCGUCGUCUGGUUCACCAUUGAGGUGAUGGCACGCGUGGUCUUCUGCCCGGACAAGGUCGAGUUCUUCAGGAGCACCCUCAACAUCAUCGACUUCAUUGCCAUUAUGCCCUUCUACCUGGAGGUGGGGCUGAGCGGCCUGUCCUCCAAAGCCGCCAAGGACGUAUUGGGGUUCCUGCGUGUGGUCCGCUUCGUCCGCAUCCUGCGUAUCUUCAAGCUGACCCGCCACUUCGUGGGACUUCGCGUCCUGGGCCACACGCUCCGCGCGAGCACCAAUGAGUUCCUCCUGCUCAUCAUCUUCCUUGCUCUCGGAGUGCUCAUCUUCGCAACCAUGAUCUACUAUGCCGAGCGCAUCGGCGCAGACCCCGACGACCCUACGGCUGCCAAACACACAAACUUCAAGAACAUCCCCAUUGGCUUCUGGUGGGCUGUGGUCACCAUGACCACUCUGGGCUACGGGGACAUGUAUCCCGAGACGUGGUCGGGGAUGCUGGUGGGCGCGCUGUGCGCCCUGGCGGGGGUGUUGACCAUCGCCAUGCCUGUGCCCGUCAUCGUCAACAACUUUGGCAUGUACUACUCACUGGCCAUGGCUAAGCAGAAGCUGCCCAAGAAAAAGGGCAAGCACAUCCCCCGGCCCACCAUGCCAGGCUCGCCCAACUACUGCAAGCCCGACGCCAUUGCCCUGGCCACUGCCUCGCCCCAUAGGAUCCUGGGUAAUGUACUCGGCGAGGUGAUCUGGUCCGGAGGCCUUGACUGCCCCCUCGCUCAAGAGGAGAUCAUAGAGAUCAACCGAGAGUCCAAGCAGAACGGUGACGCGGCCACUGCGGUCCUGGCGAACGAGGACAGCCCCACCAUUGACCAGGUGCUGAGUCCGGAGCGAGAGGGUGCCCGAACAACACGGGAACGCUACCAGCAGGACCGUGCUUGCUUCCUGCUCAACACCAGGGAAUUCCGUGCCACAGAUGGGAAUGUGCGGAAAGUGUUAAGUUUCUAGCAUCGUCCUUUUCUCUGAAGACAUACUGAGUCGGUUAAUCAGAAAUUAUCGGAGGGAGCCACUUUACCAAGACGUGUGACACAGAUGGACAGUUAAAAGGAGGAUCUUUGGUGUGACGAGCAAUACCGGAGGGGAAUCAAGAUGAACAUUAGGUUGGAUCUUUAUGCUGUUACCAAAGUAGCUUCUUGGCAACUCUGAUCACUCUUUUGGUGACUGUCUGACAGAUCACAAUAACUGACUGAGCAUUGCAGAGAAAAGGACUCCUACUGCAACAUUCCAGAAGACGUUAUAUUGCGACGCUCAACCAUCUCAUACAGUAACAAAUAACCGACUGCCGUGCUGAUCUACUGAGUAACUUAGAGAAUCCAUGAAUUAUCACUCACCUAUACACGAGGGAGCAGGUCUAACUGACUUUGUAGCACCUCUGCUAACACUGUAGCAUUUGUUGGAAGGGAAAUUAUUGUCGUGACCUUAUCCAUCAACAGUUUGAACAGAGUGAUGUGAAAAUACGCACCGAAUCUCAACUUUACAUGCCUUUUUCCUCUUGUGUUACUUACCUUUACAAGAAACUAUUGUACAUGAAAGAUGAAGACAGCUUCCACCUCCAAAAGUUUAUUUGUAAAAUGUGUAACAACAACUAAACCGGUUAAAUGAACAGAGAACUGAAUUUAGACAUGUCUGUUCUCCCACCUCAUGAGUUCAUGACUUGUGGAGUUAAAGGCUUGAAUGAUAA